UUGCGGCGGUGGAAAGAUGGCGGAGUUGGACAUCGGGCAGCACUGCCAGGUGCAGCACUGCCGGCAGCGAGGUGACGCUGGAGACCCCAUCCCCGCCCGCGGGAGAGCGGGGCCGGGUUCUGACGGCCGGGGCGGUGGCGGCGGCCUUGAACACAGAAGCAAGGAUGCUCAUGGUUGUCCUGAGGUGAAUAUCAUCAAGGAGAGACCAAAGACAGAUGAACACAAACCUUACCCAUGCUCAUUCAAGGACUGUACUGUAGUAGAGCUCGUGGCAGUUGUGUGUCCCUACUGUGAGAAGAACUUCUGCCUAAGACACCGUCAUCAGUCGGACCAUGGGUGUGAAAAGCUGGAGACCCCACAGCCUCGAAUGACUGCCACACAGAAACUUGUGAAGGACAUUAUUGACUCCAAGUCAGGAGGGGCAGUAAGUAAAGGCCGGAAAGGCGCAAAGACCAGCGGCACAGCCGCGAAGGUGGCCCUGAUGAAGCUGAAGAUGCAUGCUGACGGGGACAAGUCACUGCCGCAGACAGAGAGAAUUUAUUUUCAGGUUUACUUACCGAAGGGGAGCAAAGAGAAGAGCAAAGCCAUGUUCUUCUGCCUCCGGUGGAGCAUUGGGAAGGUGGUGGACUUCGCAGCCUCUCUAGCCGGUCUUAGAAACGAGAACAACAAGCUGAUGGCAAAGAAGCUGCGGCUGUGUCACGUCCCUUCAGGAGAAGCCUUGCCCUUGGAUCAUACUUUGGAAACCUGGAUCACCAAGGAGGAUUGCCCUCUACAUAAUGGAGGAAAUGUUAUUUUGGAGUAUCUUAAUGAUGAUGAGCAGUUUUUAAAAAAUGUUGACUCUUACUUGGAAUAGUCACUCAAGGAUUAGAGCCAGAAUUUACAAGCAGAAAUCAUUCUUUUAUGACAGAUACUUUUUAAAAACUCUGAAAGUUGCUUUUUUGUAAUUUAUUUCCAUUAGAGCUGGGCAGUGGUGGCGCACGCCUUUAAUCCCAGCACUUGGGAGGCAGAGGCAGGCAGAUCUCUGUGAGUUCGAGACCAGCCUGGUCUACAAGAGCUAGUUCCAGGACAGGCUCCAAAACCACAGAGAAACCCUGUCUCGAAAACCCAAAAAAAAAAAAAAAUUAUUUCCAUUAGGUCAUAAUUUACAUCAGUUUGUUUUCUACUAAGUUCCAGGUUUUGUGUUUUAAAUUUGAACUAUGUAUUAGUAGUUGUGGCAAAGUAUUAUUUUUAUUGCUGUUUUUCCAUUCUUAUGGCAGAGGAGAACACAGGUGGCAGAUUCUUGGGUACUUGUCGUCUUUGUUUUAAGCAGGCCCUACAGUUAAGCCUAACUGACUAAGGGGCCAGAACACAUAACCUUCUGUAUACCUAAAUGAUGAUGUCUGAUUGGAAUAUGCGCAUGAAUUGUGGGAUCUCAGCCUUCUUCUCACUCAGUCUUCCAAGGGUUUGGGUAAGAAACCUCAUUAUCUGAGAAGGGAAAGUUAUUUUCUUGGUAUCAUGUAAUUGCACUGAAUUUUCUCCAAUAGGACUCAUGUUUUUGUUGGUAUGAUGUAUGAGAAUAGAGAAAUGAGAAGAGCAAUGAAUAGACUGCUUUGUUAUAAUCUCUUUCAUUGCACCAAAGCAAAAUAUACACCAGCAAUUACUGCAUUUUAUCUAUAAAUUGAAAUAAGUCCUUUUGGGGAAUGCUUUUUGUCUACACUUGAGAAUGAAUGUUUCUGUCUGUAGUGUAUGAAGGACGCACUAAAGGAGGAAAUAAAGUAUUUUUAAUUGCUCCCCCCCACUUCUGUGUCAAUGUUCAUGACUUUAGGUUUAAUUAAA